ACCCUUUGACUCAUUGCCACACCUUUCCACGCCUCCUAACGAACACUUGAGCCGAUCUCAAACAUAAGACAGAGUUGCCAGUAGCUAUGGAAUACAUGAUCCGCGGGACAAGACAAAAGACCUCUCUGAAACAUGUUGUGGACAAUAUUCUUACUACUUAGUGGACUGCUCACACUACUUCUCCUUUACUCCACUCGCACAAGACAGAAUAAUGAGCCUCCUCUGGACAAAGGUGUCCUCCCGUGGUUGGGCCACGCUCUGGAGUUUAGUAAAGACGCCGCAAAGUUUUUGGGCCGGAUGAAAGACAGACAUGGGGACAUUUUCACGGUCCGCGUUGCUGGGAUUUACCUGACGGUGCUGUUGGAUCCAAACUCCUUUGAUGCCGUGAUGAACGACACCGUCUUCCUGGACUUCACCCGCAUCAGAAACAAGCUCUUGCAGCGGGUCUUCGGUCUGCAGCUGCCGUGUAUCAAACCUCAAGCCGAGCGGAAGUGGAUGGAACAGCACUUUCAAGGUGUCAGUCUCUCAAAGCUCAGCAGCUCCAUGAGUGCUCACCUUCAUAGCCUGCUGCUGAGGAACCAGAAAGAGUUCAACCCUUCGGAGUGGAGGCAGGACGGACUCUUCAGUCUUUGUUACAGCCUACUCUUCAGGGCCGGUUAUCUGACGAUGUUUGAAAGGAGAGACGAUGCUUCUGCAGUUUACGAAGAGUUUCGCAAGUUCGACGAUCUUCUCGCCAAACUGGCUCGUGGGUCGCUCAAGCGAGGUGAAAGCAAGACAGCCGACUCGUGCCGGGGGCGACUGUGGGAGCUGCUGUCCCCGAAACGUCUGAGUGGAGGGUCAGGGUCGAACUCCUGGCAGCAGAGCUACCGCGGCUUCCUGCAGGACGAGGGAGUAGAUGGAGAAAUGCAAAAAAGAGCUUUACUGUUGCAGUUGUGGACCACACAGUGCAACGCUGGACCGGCUGCCUUUUGGCUCCUUGGCUUCUUGCUCACUCACCCCGAGGCCAUGGAGGCCGUCAAAUCCGAGAUCAGAGGCCUCCGGGACACCAACCAGCAGCAUCCCGCCGCCAUCACCCUGCUGGAAGCACACAGCACACCUGUGCUCGACAGCGCCCUGAGCGAGACCCUGCGGCUCACCGCCGCGGUAAUGAUAAACAGAGAGGUGGUGCAGGACAAGACCCUGCUCAUGGCCGGCGGGAGGAGAUACCACCUGAGAAAAGGGGACAGGGUUUGUCUGUUCCCCUUCCUCAGCCCUCAGAUGGACCCACAGAUCCACCAAGAACCACAGAUUUUCAAGUAUGACCGCUUCUUAAAUCCCGAUUCCACAGUGAAGGAUGAAUUCUACAAAGAUGGAAAAAAGCUGAAGUACUCCACCAUGCCCUGGGGUGCAGGCAGUAGCAUCUGUGUUGGGAAACAGUUUGCUGUCACAGCCAUUAAACAAUUUGUGUUCUUGCUCUUGACCAAUCUUGAUCUGGAGAUGUGCGACCCGGAGGCCAAACUGCCACCAGUUAAUCCCAGUCGCUACGGCUUUGGGAUGCUGCAGCCAGACGGAGAUCUGCAGGUCUCUUUCAGGCUGAAGAGGACACCGCGUGCAAUGUGAAUACUUUGAUUAACUGUAUAUAGCUGUAAAAAUUAAUAAAGCAUUUGUUUUAUGUACUGCCAACACUAUUUACCAUUUUAUAUUGAGAGUGAAUAUAUGUAUUGUAUUUAACUGGUUUGUCAUUAAUAUUUUAAAUUAAAAAAAUUAACCUGG